CAUUCUCUAUGCGCGUCCACGUCUUCACUUUUGCGGUGCUGGCUCAGCUUGCUUCUGCUCACCCGGUCGCCGAUCCGCAGCUCCUCGGUCCGAUGAACCGCGGCCUGGUCAACAGUCUGGUCGACGCCUUGCUUGGCCCCAAUGCCCUCAAUGUCGACCUCUGUCUUGAUCUCAAGCUAGGCGAUGGUCCCCAGAGCCUGUAUCCGUCAUGCCCCAAUUACGUGGCUCCAGUCUUGCCGCCCCCUCCUCCCUACCCACCCAUGUUCAAGCGCGAUGGUGAGACCCACAAGCUCACUGAACGUGGUUUAGGUGUUGUCAACAGCCUUGUCGACGCUCUUCUCGGCCCUAAUGCGCUGAAUGCUGACGUCUGUCUCAAUCUCAAGCUGGGCGACGGUCCUCAGAGUCUGUAUCCAUCCUGUCCCAACUACGUGACACCGAUCGGCCCGCCUCCCUACCCUCUGUUCAAGCGCGACCCGCAGGCUCCGCUACCCCCACCGCCUAUCCUGCACCGGAGCAAAGGCCUAGUUGGCGGUCUUCUGGAGCUUCUUCUGGGACCGAAUGCAUUGAAUCUCGAUUUGUGCCUGGAUCUCAAGCUGGGAGAUGGCCCGCAGAGCCUCUAUCCUGCGUGCCCUGGCUAUGUGCCGCCGGUCAUUCCGCCUCCGCCGGCCGCUCCCUACAAUGAAAUGCCUCCUCCACCAGCCGUACCACCACCUGCUGCGCCAGAGGCUGUCCCGCCGCCGCCCCCUCCGCCAGUCAUUCCACCGCCCAUUCCUGCGCCCCCACUGCCUCCACGAAUUGCCACCGCCGCCACCGCCGCCUCCCAUCGCUCCUGA